AGUGUAAAAGUGGGAAGUCAAAACUAAUAUCGAUACUCCACUUUGACUUAUCCUUAGCUACCUGCUUACCUUUUACCUACUCCUUUGAAUUCGUUAGAAAGGACCCAAAUUCUUCCCGAUCAUACUUGGAUUGCCAUUUCAUUGCAAGACAAUUCUUGUGUCUGUCGAAAUACACUCGCGGCGGACAAUCUUUGAUUUGUUGCUCAUUGGGAAUUGAUAUAUAUUCCCCUGUUUGACCGACAAUCGAAUACCGAUCGAAAACUUUUAAAGCUACACCAAGAUGGCCACUCCUGAAGUCCAACAGCCCUUCGCCAACGGCGCCCCCGUCGAAAAUGCUCCCGUUGUAAACGACGAGAACAAGGCUCCUACUGUCGAGAGCACCGAAAAGACCGAGAAGCCUGCCGAAACGGCCGAGGCAGAGAAGCCUGCAAAGAAGGAAUACAAGGACACCGACAACAUUACUGUUUUCCAUGACCCUGAAAACUUCAACGUCAAGCACCCGCUCAUGCACGAGUGGACCCUGUGGUUCACGAAGCCUCCAAGUGGAAAGGGCGACAACUGGAAUGAGCUACUCAAAGAAGUCGUAACCUUUGACUCUGUCGAGGAAUUCUGGGGUGUCUACGUAAGUCUCUUUUCUGAGCAUAAAAAUUUCUCGACCUUCCCUCUCUUCUACCUCUCCUCCGCCCUUUAUAACUCAUCACAAAUUCCUUAUACUAACUUGGCACUACAGAACAACAUUACCCCUACUUCCGAACUUGCCAUCAAGUCCGACUACCAUCUCUUCAAGAAGGGCGUUCGUCCCGAAUGGGAGGACCCCCAGAACAAGCACGGUGGCAAAUGGGCCUACCAAUUCAAGGAGAAGCGCACCGUCCCCAUUGACGAUCUCUGGCUGCACGUCCUGCUGUCUGCUAUUGGCGAAACACUUGAGAACGAGGGCGACGGCGAGGUCAUGGGCGUCGUUGUCAAUGUCCGCAAGGGCUUCUACCGUCUUGGUGUCUGGACCCGCACUGUUGGCAAAAGCGUCCCUGGCGGUGGCGAUGGCGAUGUUGCCGGUGGCAAGGGCCGUACCCAGGAGAAGGGCAAGGAUGUCCUCUUGGGCAUUGGCCGUCGCUUCCGUGAUGUCCUCAAGCUCCGCGACGGUGAGCAGGUCGAAUUCUCGGGCCACACCGAUAGCGCGCACAGCGGCAGCACGAGAGCCAAGGCCAAGUUUGUUGCUUAAUUUGUCUUUCUUCCAAUCUCGUCUCCUCACCAGUCCUAUUUUCUCUCGCGGACUCUACACUUAAUCCCUUUUAUUGAUUUCUUGUUUGUCUGUCUCUCAUGAGGCGUCAUCUAUGAGUUCAUAUUGAGGAUGGAGA